CCUUCGAUGUCCUCUCUAAGCUAACGCCGCUCUCUCCAUAAAACUGGGGAGUUGCACGGUUUGCUUCGCUCCUUGCAACUCCGGUUCAGCUAUCGCUAAGUAGGGAGGAGUAGACUUGGAAGCUCGUGCGCCCGUCUUUUUGUUGUUGCUUUGGCCGCCUUGUGAAGGACUUUAAUCCUUGACGUCGGGCAGAAGAAGGAGCAGCAUCGAUGGCCCCGCCGGAGCUGUACCACAAAGAGUUCGCCAGCGCGGGCCAGAAAGCUGGCUUGCAGAUCUGGAGGAUAGAGAAGCUGGAACUGGUGCCCGUGCCCGAACCUUUGCACGGCAAUUUCUACGUCGGAGACGCCUACUUGGUGCUGCACACGUUCAAGAGGGGCAACACCACCUUCUACAAUCUGCACUACUGGCUAGGAAAAGAGUGCACUCAGGAUGAAAGUACUGCAGCAGCUAUCUUCACGGUUCAGAUGGAUGAUUAUCUUGGAGGAAAGCCUGUACAGCAUCGAGAAAUCCAAGGAUACGAGUCUACACAAUUUGUUGGAUAUUUCAAAGGUGGACUGAAGUAUAAGGCAGGUGGUGUUGCCUCAGGUUUUAAGCAUGUUAUCACAAAUGACCUAAGCGCACAAAGACUUCUGCAUAUUAAAGGCCGGAGAGUGGUUAGAGCCACAGAAGUUCCUCUUAGCUGGGACAGCUUCAACAAAGGAGACUGCUUCAUUGUUGAUCUUGGAAUGGUGAUCUACCAGUGGUGUGGCUCUACAUGCAAUAAAUAUGAGCGCCUCAAAGCUACUCAGGUUGCUAUGGGCAUUCGGGACAAUGAGCGGAAUGGAAGAGCCCAAAUGAUUGUUGUGGAUGAAGGAAGUGAGCCAAAAGAACUCAUAAAGGUCCUAGGACAGAAACCAGAACUUCAUGAGGGCAAUGAUAACGAUGAUGAAGCUGCUGAUAUUACCAACAGGAAAAGUGCCAAACUCUACAUGGUAUCGGAUGCGAGUGGGUCCAUGAAGGUUUCAGUUGUUGCAGAGGAAAAUCCUUUCUUGAGGGCAAUGCUUUUGUCUGAAGAGUGUUUUAUACUGGAUCACGGAGUAGCUAGGAAGAUAUUUGUGUGGAAAGGUAAGAAUGCUAAUCCAGAUGAGAGAAAAGCAGCAAUGAAAUCAGCUGAGGAAUUUAUUCAGCAAAUGAAUUAUCCUGCCAACACUCAGAUUCAGGUUCUUCCAGAAGGAGGUGAAACGCCAAUCUUCAAACAGUUCUUUAGAGACUGGCGGGAUAAAGAUCAAAGUGACGGCUUUGGAAAAGUGUAUGUCACAGAGAGAGUGGCAAGAAUUGAGCAGAUUGAGUUUGAUGCUACCAAGUUACAUAAGUCUCCACAAAUGGCAGCCCAACACAACAUGGUCGAUGAUGGCUCUGGGAAAGUGGAGAUCUGGCGUGUUGAAAGCAAUGGCAGAAUCCCUAUAGAACCUGAGAGCUAUGGGCAGUUUUAUGGAGGCGAUUGCUACAUCAUACUGUAUACCUACUGCAGGGGACAGAUAAUCUACACCUGGCAAGGGGCUCAUGCAACUCAAGAUGAGUUGACUACUUCCGCAUUCCUGACAGUUCAGCUUGACCGGUUCCUAAAUGGACAUGCUGUCCAGAUCAGAGUCAGCCAAGGCAAGGAGCCUCCACACUUGUUGAGUUUGUUCAAAGACAAACCACUCAUUGUUUACAAGGAUGGGACGUCCAAGAAAGGUGGGCAAGUUCCUGCUCCUCCAACGCGCUUGUUCCAAAUCCGCAGGAACCUAGCAUCCAUCACCAGGAUUGUAGAGGUUGAUGCUGAUGCAGCUUCAUUGAAUUCCAAUGAUGUUUUUGUUUUGAAACUGCCAAGUAACUCUGGAUAUACCUGGAUCGGUAAAGGAGCAAGCAGAGAAGAAGAGAAGGGAGCUCAGUAUGUAGCUAGUGUCCUGAGAUGUCAAACCUCAAGGAUUGACGAAGGCCAAGAACCAGAGCCAUUUUGGCGUGCCCUUGGUGGAAAGAGAGAAUACCAGACAUCUACACAGUUACUGACUGAGUCAGAAGACCAUCCUCCACGUCUUUAUGGCUGCUCUAAUAAGACUGGCAGGUUUAUAAUUGAGGAGGUUCCUGGAGAAUUCACUCAGGAUGAUUUGGCUGAAGAUGAUGUCAUGCUGUUAGAUACUUUGGAUCAGAUAUUUGUCUGGAUUGGUAAAGAUGCAAAUGAAAUUGAACGCUCUGAAUCAGUUAAAUCAGCCAAACGCUACAUUGAAACUGAUCCUUCUGGGAGAGAUAAAGGGACUCCAGUUGUUAUUGUGAAACAAGGUUACGAACCCCCAACGUUCACAGGCUGGUUCUUGGGCUGGGAUUACAACAAAUGGAAAAACUGAACAGCCACAGAAGCCUCAACUGCAGGAUAGAUAUCAGAGGACAGCCAUUCUCUGGCAGCUUUCUGCAUAUGUUUGCAAAUCAGUGUAUAUG